UCGGGGCUGACGAACGGGGGGAACACGUGCUUCGCGGCGUCGGCGUUGCAGUGCUUGCGACGGGCGACGCCGCUCACGGCGUGGUUCGACGGCGUGGAAAAGUUUCACGACGUCGCGCGGUGCGCGGAGACGAGGAAGUUUUGCGUGGUGUGCGAGUAUUCGCAACAUUUGGAACGCGCGAUGGCGUCGAGGGACGCGCACAGCAUAGGGAGGUUGACGAAGGACAUUAGCAAGGUGGCGAGACAGUUUAGACGCGGGCGGCAGGAGGAUUCGCACGAGUUCAUCAACGCGCUGUUGGACGCGAUGCACGUGAUUUUUUUGAAGGAUCUCGGAGGAGAGAAGAAGUACGAUUUGCGCACGCGAGAGACGACGGUCAUUUAUCACGUCUUCGGUGGGUAUACCCUGGGCACGGUGAAGUGCUUGGAGUGCGGGUACGUGAGCAAGAAUUUUCAAAGCACGCUCGACAUUCCGCUCGAGGUGACGGGAAAGAUUGGCUCCGUCGAGGAGGCGCUUCGAGAAAACUUUUGCACGGAGGAAGUCCUCAGUGGUUCGAACAAGUACAAGUGCUCGAAGUGCAAGGCGUUGGUACGGGCGAAGAAGGGAUCGAAAAUCCACGUGUCGCCGAAUAUUUUAACCAUUCCUCUAAAACGGUACUCCACUGGACGGUUCAGCAAGAUUACAAAGUACAUCAAGUAUCCGUCCAACUUUUCGCUGGCUGAGUUCAUGAGCGAUGAUGCCCCGUAUGAAGUCACGGCUCCAGAGUAUGAGCUUUUCGGUGUAUUGGUUCAUCAAGACUUUUACGCCAGCGCGCACUCUGGACAUUACGUGGCGUACGUAAAGUUGCGAGACGAUUCCUGGGUGCUGUGCAACGAUAGUCGCGUGUCGCCGUCUUCCGAAAAGGAUGCGAUGAAGCAAAAGGCGUACAUAUUGUUCUAC